AUGAUAAACCACACACAGGUUUCAUAUUUCACUUUUGGCGCCUAUUUCGACAUCGGGCAUUUGAAAUAUUUUGUUUUUACGAUCAUGACGUGUUUUUAUGUGGUGAUUAUUUGUGCCAACGUGUGUGUGAUCGUGGUCAUCUGCGUGAACAGAAGCUUACAUGAACCUAUGUACCUUUUCCUGGUCAGCCUGUGUGUGAAUGAGCUGUAUGGUAGUUCAGGGUUGUUUCCCUUCCUGCUGCUUCAGAUCCUCUCUGACCUUCACACCGUUUCUGCUGCAGCUUGUUUCCUGCAGAUCUUCUGUCUCUACACGUACGUAAAUGUGCAGUUUUAUAAUUUGGCCGUCAUGUCUUACGACAGAUAUUUGGCCAUCUGUUGUCCUCUGCAGUAUAACACACGCAUGACCACUAACAAGGUGACCGUGCUUAUCGCUCUGUCGUGGUUUUUCCCUCUUGUUGCAAUCGUGGUCAUGAUAUCACUGAAUGCGUCUCUGCAGCUGUGUGGGGACGUUAUUGACAGGCUGUACUGUGACAACUACUCGGUGGUGAAACUGGCGUGCUACGACACGACGGUCAAUAACAUCUACGGACUCAUUUACACCUUCACUGUAUUAAUCGGUCUUGCAAUCCUAAUAUUUUGCAUGUACAUGAAGAUCCUCAGAGUCUGUUUUUCCGGCUCCAAGCAGACGAGGCAGAAAGCCGUGAGCACCUGCACGCCUCACCUCGCCUCGCUGCUCAACUUCUCCCUCGGCUGUUUUAUUGAAGUGUUACAGAGCAGGUUCGAUAUGAGUGGCACGCCCAUAUCGCUGCGCCUUUUUUUAUCUUUAUACUUUCUCACUUGCCAGCCGCUCUUUAACCCUUUAAUGUACGGACUCAAUCUCACGAAAAUCCGCAUCAUAUGUAAAAGCCUUGUGUUUGGUAAAGUGUAA